AAAGAACACCUCCCCCUCCCACCCCCAAAAAAUAAAAAUAAAUUAAAUAUAAAUAUCUAUAAAAAAAUUGCAUAAACACACAAAACCACAGCUAUAAAAGGAAACACCUCUACACCCUUCGAAAUCCACCCCUCACCAAAGAGAAGAGCUUAAUUAAGGAAUCCUUUGCUCCACUCUUUGCUUAGACCAUUUUACAUAUACAUAUAUAUAUUAACCAAAGAAAAUAAAUAAUAAUUGAACAGAAAUGGCUUCGGUGCUUCCGCAAACAAAUAUCGACGCCGGCGAAACCCUCCCCGACGCCUGGGACUACAAGGGCCGCCCCUCCCUCAAAUCUGCCUCCGGCGGCUGGACCAGCGCCGCCAUGAUUCUCGGGGUGGAGGCCUUCGAGAGGCUGACGACGCUCGGCAUCGCGGUGAACCUCGUCACUUACUUGACCGGAACCAUGCAUCUCGGCAAUGCCGCCGCCGCCAACAAUGUUACCAACUUUCUCGGCACUUCUUUCAUGCUGUGCUUGCUCGGCGGCUUCAUAGCUGAUACUUUCCUAGGAAGGUACUUGACCAUAGGCAUCUUCGCCACGGUUCAAGCUACGGGAGUGACCCUACUGACAAUCUCAACGACCAUCCCGAGUCUCCGGCCGCCGAAGUGCACCCCGAACAGCGAGACGUGCAUUCCGGCGAGCGGGAAGCAGUUCACGGUGCUCUACUUAGCCCUAUACCUGACGGCCCUCGGCACCGGAGGCCUGAAGUCGAGCGUCUCGGGCUUCGGCACCGAUCAGUUCGACGAGUCCGACGGGAAGGAGAGGAAGCAGAUGAUAAAAUUCUUCAACUGGUUCUUCUUCUUCAUCAACACGGGAUCGCUGGCAGCGGUGACGAUUCUGGUUUAUAUUCAAGAUAACGUAGGGAGGGAAUGGGGGUAUGGGAUCUGCGCCUGCGCCAUUGUUUUCGGGCUGGUGGUGUUCCUCUCGGGCACCAGGCGCUACCGUUUCAAGAAGCUCGCCGGCAGCCCGCUCACGCAGAUCGCCGCCGUCUUCGUCGCCGCAUGGAGGAAGAGGCACCUUGACCUGCCCUCCGACCCUGCGCUUCUGUUCGACGUCGAUGACAUCCCCGCCGCCGCUCAAACUCAGAGCAAGAAGAAGAAGCAGAUGUUGCCCCACAGCAAGGAGUUCCGUUUCCUGGACAAGGCAGCAAUAAACGAUGGUGAGUCCAUAGUGAAAGGCAAAUGGUAUCUGUCGACGUUAACAGAUGUUGAAGAAGUUAAGAUGGUGAUAAGAAUGCUACCAACAUGGGCCACAACGAUAAUGUUUUGGACCGUCUAUGCCCAAAUGACAACAUUCUCGGUGUCCCAAGCCACAACCUUGGACCGCCACAUCGGCGGAUUCGAGAUCCCGGCAGCGUCCCUCACCGUCUUCUUCGUCGCCAGCAUCCUUCUGACUGUCCCGAUCUACGAUCGGAUCAUCACCCCGAUAUGUCGGAAGUUGUUGAAGAACCCCCACGGGCUCACCCCCCUCCAACGAAUUGCCGUCGGUCUAGUUCUAUCCAUCGCGGCCAUGGCGGCGGCAGCGUUGACUGAGGUUAAGCGGCUCCGGGUGGCCCAGUCACACGGCAGCGAGGCCACUGUGCCGCUGACUGUCUUCGUCUUGGUCCCACAGUUCCUGCUGGUGGGGUCGGGGGAGGCGUUCACGUACAUCGGGCAGCUUGAUUUCUUCCUGAGGGAGUGUCCUAAAGGGAUGAAAACAAUGAGCACGGGUUUGUUUCUAAGCACAUUGGCAUUAGGGUUCUUUUUGAGCUCCACAUUAGUCACCAUUAUCCAUAAGGUGACUUUGAAGAAACCGUGGUUAGCUGAUAACCUUAACCAAGGCCGGCUUUACGAUUUCUAUUGGCUCUUGAUGAUUCUGAGUGUCUUCAAUUUGGCGAUAUUUUUAUUUUGCGCAAAAAGGUAUGUGUACAAGGAGAAGAGACUUGCUGACCAAGGAAUUGAGUUGGAAGAAGGUGAUGACCUAGUUUGCCAUUAAAUGUUUUUUUUUCUUUUUUUUUUAAUAAGUUAGUUGCACUUCAAGGAGAAGAAGUGUAGGGUUUUAAUUUUUGAUUGCUUUUGUAUAAAAGGGGUUGUGGAAAAGAGUCACCAAUAUGAAAAGUGACCUUUUCUGUUUACUUUUUUCUUUAUCAGUUGUUUUGGUUGUGAAAUAUGUAGGAGGCCAAAAUAAUAAUAAGAGUUGUUUGGAUAAUAUGCAUGCUGAAAAGUCGAAGGAUGAAACUUCGGCUACUGUGAGGUUUAUAUCGGAGGAGGUUCAAAUGAGAACUUUUUUUUACUGUCAA